AUGUGGAAGUUGAUCGUGUCCUUGUUAUUCUUUCUGCUUGAGCAAACAUAUUGUGCUGAUUCCAAAUGUGCAGACGGCACCCUUGUCGAUGUGACGUUCGUCUUCGAAUGUUCCAGCACCAUCGGCUCAGGCAACUGGAACAAGGAGGCCCAGUUUAUUAGUGACCUAAUCAAGCAGUUCAAGCUAGGCCCAAAGGACGCUAGGGUCGCUGCCGUAACUUUUGCUACUAACUCCGUCAGACUGUUCGACCUCAGGAACAUAACGGACCCAUCAGUGGCCGAAACGGCACUAAAAGGAAACGGUAAUCUAAACGCACAGUCCUAUACAGAUCAAGUUUUCAAUGCUAUUAUGGGAUGGAAUAUGUUCACUAACAAAGUCAGUGGUCGCACAAGUGCCGCAAGUUACAUCGUGUACAUCACAGAUGGUCUUACUACAUUCCUAUCAAGAUCGACGGAUUCCAUCAAAAAAUUUGGUGUCACCUUUAUCAGUGUUGGUAUCAGCAAUAACGCUCCAGCAACAAAGCUGAAAGAUCUCUCAGCUCCGGACCAACCGUUUUCUGUCCCAAACUACGAUUCUCUAAAUUCGCUGAGGUCCAAAAUUCUUGACAAAUCCUGCCCAGUAGUCAAAGCACCGGUUACAACCGCCCCUCCGACAACAGUCAAAGCACCAGUAACUACUACAGAAAAAAGGACAGAAGAGGUCACCUUCUCACCAUACCCAGGGCUUGUAGCCCCCUCCUUGAAACAACAACCAAAACAGCCCACUAACUGUAAAGACGGGCUGACAGGCGAUGUUUACUUUCUUUUGGACUCUUCCAAGACCAUCAACUCAACAAACUGGUGUGAUCUACAAGAGCAAGUCGCCAUUCUAGCAAAUUCCUUACCAACCGGUCCAAACUCGUACAGGAUCGGCGCUGCGGCGUACAGUGAUUCCGUCAGUAAAAUCAUUGACCUUAAAGACUCAGAUAGUAUAGGUUCUGUAGUGAAGGCAAUCCUGGCGGCCCCAUUUCUAGACGGAGCUACUGAGACCGGGAAAGCUCUGGACUUUGUCAGCCAGAGCGCUGUAUUUGACGUCAAGUCAGGAGGUCGAGCCAGGGCUAGGGACAUUGUCGUGCUUCUGUCUGACGGGUAUGCCUCUUUAAGAAACCAAGCCCGUAAUGCGGCUAAUCAGUUAAAGUUCCAAAACGUGGCCAUCAUCACCAUUGGAAUUGGCCCUGAUGUGAACGUAGAUUCUCUCAAGGAGAUCGCCAGCAGUCCCAGCGAUUUCCUCAUCACAUAUGAUUUCCGCUCACUCAGUACCAUCGUCACCGACAUUCAGGACAGGAUAUGCUCUUGUAAGUUAACUGUUAACACCUCGCACAUUUACUAG